UCUGAGUGGAUAAUUGGCUAGUUUAGAAAUAGAUAAAAUUAUCCAAUUAUUAAUAAAUCUAAGAUCUUUAGCAAAGAUGGAACCUAGAUCUAAGGCAGGGAAACUUGCACUAAUAGAGCAGCAAGAGAAGUAAGAACGAGUGCACAAGUGUUAUAGGGAAGAAGAACAUAGCAAGAUUUAUCGUGAACAACAAAACAGAAUGGGCCUCAUGCUUAACAAGUUGAAGGGACACCAGAAAGCUUUUGACAUGAAGCUCAAGGGGUUCGAAACUAGUCUUGACAAAAGCUUCAAAGUGAUCUCUAAAGAUAAAGAUAGCAGUGAACCAGAAGGACAUAAAUACAAUGUCUUUCAAAUCUUUGAGGAAUGGAAUAAAAUCCACUUCAAAUAUGAGGAGUAUUGGAAAUUUGCUGGGGUUACAAGGCAGGGUGAUCUCAACCCAAAGAUUCUUCAGAAAAUGUAAUGUUUUAUGUAUGAUCUCUCUUAGCCUAAAAGAUUCAGAGGAAAUUAGACAAAUUCCCAAAGAGGAAAGAGAGGACACUAUUUUAGAAGCUGCCAUGAUUGAAUUUUAUUUUGAAACAAGUUUUAUGGCGAUCUCUACAAACCCUGGAAUGUUAGGAUUCACCGUAAGAGCCUGUAUUUGAAGUUUAGCUAAUGUAUUCAAGAAAAUCUCAGACAGGGCUCUAGAUUUCCCAAAGAUGUUCCAAGAAAAAUUAAUCUUCUUUGUGGUCAACCAUAUGCUUUGGGGAGAUUUCUCAAUGAAGAUGGAAUUUUAUGAGCAUUUUGGAUACACAACAUUCUUUGUUCCAAUGGACUCAAAACAUUAUUUAUUUGCUAGCAUAAACCUUGAGAGGAUCCCAGAAAUAGACAGUAAAGGAGAGGAAGUAAUAGGGCAUCGAUUCCAACAAAGUAUUAAAAUUUUAAACGUGUUUCCUUCUUACAGAGUCCAUUUGAUAAAAGAUGGUCCAAAGGAGAGAGCCAAAUCAGAUUAUCUGAUCAAGAACUAUCCUGACAAAUCCGAUAUUUUUGAUGGUGAACUAUCUCGUAAGAUAUUCAAAAUAUCUUCAUACUCUAUUGUAUCAAGAGCUUACAGAGUGCACUUUGGGACUUAUGGGGCCAAUAAUUUAGAGGAUGAAAAAUCAAACGAAGGAUGACCUACCACUAUAUAUUUGCCUUUGACCCUCAAGUUCAAUAACAAAUUAGUAUCUUCAGCUUACUCUCAGUUUAAAUUUGACGGGGAACAAUGGAUCCUCAAAAAUGAAGGAGAUCUGUACACUGCUGGGGUCAGAAUGGAUGAAGAAGCCCAAAAGUCUAUUUCAGAUGGGGCUAACAAAAACAUGAUCAUCAAAUUUUUUGAGAAUAUGGAAAAAUAUGGGCUUAAGUUCUCGAACAGUCAGAAGAAGAUGCUGGUUUCCUCAAAGAAUACCCUCGUAAUUGGAAGGUCAGGUACAGGCAAGACUACUGUAUCUGCAUUCAAAAUGGUGGCUAUUGACUUGAUCUUCAAAGCAUACUCAAAGUCGAAGCUCACUGGAAUUUCCAAGCCAAAACUUGAGUCUAAAGACUUUGAUAUCUACAAAACCUGUGGAAUUGUAUUCUGCACAGCCUCUCCUGUCCUAACAGUAGAGGUGAGAAGGUUCUAUCAUGAAUUGAACAGCAAAAUUAAAGAAUUUAUUUUGAAAAGAGAGCAGAAAAGAGCUUCCAAGAAAGAAGACACUAAGCAAGAAUCAUCUGACGAAGAAGCUGAAGCUGAAAUUAUCCCUACCGAAGAAGAGAAAGAUGCUGAGAUCAUACAAGAAAGUAUUAAGAUUGCAUUGGAAAGUACAAAGCAAGAUCUUGAAGAUGAGCUUGAAGAGGAAGAUAUACAAAAGAAUAUUCCUUCCUCUAUUUAUGGGCUCAAAGCUGAACAUUUCCCAUGAUUUUUGACAGUCAAAAAGUUGAUUUAUAUGCUUGAUUCAUCUCUAAGUUGUCCUUUCUUCUCUAGAGGUACUGAUGGAAGCAUCUAUGGAAUGGAAUCUAGCACAGAAUGGCAUAAUGAGAAUAAGCAAGGAACUUUCAUGAUCAACCAAUACCACAAAAAUACUUAUGAUUUUACUAGGAAGAUCAAAAAGCUAGGCAAAAAGGUGCUUGAAACAGAGGAAAUGGAUGACGAAGAAAAGGCUUCAAAGCUCAAGAAACAGAAAGCUGAUGGAGACCAAGAAGAAUUUGACGAAGAAGAAACUGAUUCAGAUGAUGAUCAGACAUAUGACAAUUCUACCGUGGAAGCUAACUUCAACUAUCUCAAUAAUUUCAAGCAAAACUUUACUGCAAGUGCCAAGAUUGAGAGUCAGACUUUUUCAACAGAGGUAGAUUUUGAGCUCUUUGAAGAUAAGUUCUGGCAAAAAUACAAAGGAAAAUUAAAAUUCUCUGCUAUGAAUAUCUGGACAGAAAUAUUCUCUGUCAUUAAGGGAGGUCUCCAGACUGACUGGGCAAAUUAUGUAAGAUAUGGGAGUACAUCAAUAAUAUCUCUCAAGAAUUACAUGAAAUUAGACUCAUCAAUUCCAUCUGCUUCAGUAAAUGAAAGAAAACUCAUCUACCGGCUCUUUAUAAACUACGAAUACUGGAAAACAAGAAUGAAUUACUACGACUUUAUGGAUGUAGUAAAGCAUGUCUAUCUCUACUUUCCUAUAUAUUGGAAGUCAAAAAUCGACUAUUUAAUCAUAGACGAAGUGCAGGAUCUCACUCCUUUGACAAUCCAACUUCUAACUACAAUUACCAGAAACAAUGUGUUCUUCUGUGGAGAUACAGCUCAGACUAUUGCCAAAGGAGUUGGCUUCAGGUUCUAUGAUAUGAAGAGUAUCUUUGACAACACCAAGAUUGAUAUCCCCAAUGUAAUUCAGCUGACAAGAAACUACAGAUCACAUGGCAAAAUCCUUGACUGUGCCAACACGAUAGUUGAUGUCAUUGAAUACUAUUUCCCUACUACCAUCGAUAAGCUACAAAGAGAGUCCAGUGAUAUUGAUGGGCCUAAGCCAAUACUUUUGGAAGGAUUCAAACAGGAAGACCUCAUGGCAAUGAUCAUUGGACAUUCUGAGACUAGAAAUCCAACAUUUGGGUGUAACCAAGUUGUAAUAGUAAGAAACCAAGAGGCUAAAGCAACUCUUCCCCUUUUCUUAAAGCAAGCUCUAUGUCUGACUGUUUAUGAAGCAAAAGGAUUGGAAUUUGACGAUGUUAUUUUGUACAAUUUCUUCUGUGAUUCUCAUGCUUCAGGGGAAUACAGAAUUCUUGAAGAGCUUGAAGUCCACACUGGAGAGAGAAAGAAACUACAAAUAGAAGAAGAACUAACUCUUAAUGAACUUGAUGUUGCCAAUUUUAAUAACCUGGCAAAGCAGAAGCGUAUAGCACUUGACGAUGAUGUUGAAACUGAGACUUAUACUUACUUCGAGACAGAGAUCCCUAAAUACCAAAUUGAUAGGAAGUUCAAAUUGCUCUGCAACGACCUCAAGCAUUUGUAUGUUUCCAUCACCAGGCCAAAGCAAAGGCUUUUGAUUUAUGAUGAAGACUGCAGUUCAAGAAAAUUCAUUAAGAACUACUGGGUAACCAGAGACGUAGUUGAAGUAGUCCAUAAAGGUGAAGAGAAGAACCAUGCAAUCCUCAAAGAUGGCUUUGAGACUAUGGAAAAUGAAGCAAGCUCACAAGAAGAAUGGAGAUAUAUGGGAUUCAGACUUUUCAGAAAGAAGUUCUAUCACUCAGCAAUUACUUGCUUUGAAAAAUCAGGUGAUGAAUCCUUUGUUCAUAGAUGCUACGCUUAUAUGUAUGCUGAUAACGCUACCUCUAUAAAUAACCAGGCUGAGGUUAAUCUUUACACUGCUAAGAACAAUAAGAAUUUAUCUAAAGCUGAAAGAAGUGCCAAAAGAACUGAAGCUAAGAAGCUCAAGGAAGAAGCAAAUUCUGAAUAUAUCAAGGCUGCAGAGAUGUUAGUAAAAAUAAAGUGAUACAAACAAGCUGCCCAAUGCUUCUACACUUCAAAGGAAUAUAAAAAGGCAUCUGAGUUAUUCCUUAAAGUGGACAUGAAAUCUCAAGCUGCUGAAUGUUUGAUGAUUCUCAAAGAUUUCAAGACUCCAGCUAAAAUAUUCGAAGAAUGUAACCUCAUCCUCAAGGCUCUUGAUUGCUACGAAUGUAUCAAUGAUUGGGAGGGACUACUUCUCUGACUUAAAAGGAACAAGAGCAAGUUCAAGGAAUCUGAAAGAGAUGCAUUGAUAAAUAAAUAUGUCCCAAUCGCAUUGAAUUCCAUCUUCAGAACAAUGUCUAGUGAAGAUCAAAUAGAUAAAAACAAAGGCAAAGAACUCCAAGAAAAAUAUAUCGGCAAAGUUGGAACCCCUAUACAGGAAGAAAGCGAUUAUGCCUCUGAAGAAGAGCAAAGUGAAGAAGAAGUCGAAGAACAGAAAGAAGACCCUCCCCAAGAAGAAACUAAGAGCGAAAUCAAAAAUGAGCCUCUCCAAGAAGAAGCUCCUGAAGAAGAGGUUAAGGUUGAAGAUGAUGAAGAGGAAGUGAUUGAUACUAUCACUAAAAAUAUGAUCGAUGAGUCCUCCUUCUCCGUGAUAUCAAAAGCUGAACUACAAGAUAACUUUGAACAUCUGUCAAACUUCGAUCCAGAGGAUGAGUUCCUUUCUAAUGAUAAAUCAUUCACCAUUGUUGGGUCAGUUGUCACUAAUGAUGAAGACACUCUUUCUGAAUAUAGCGAUUUUAGUAUCCUCACUAAUUCCAGAGUCAAUAGCUUCACAAAGGGAAAUAAAAUUGAGACUAACAGAGAUAUCUAUGUAGAGGAUAUUAUUAUGCAGAAAAUUAUUUACUAUGUCAGUCUCUUCAGUGACGAAGCUAAAGAAUAUAUGCUGAAACUGAGGUCAAACAGCCAGCUAUUCCAAAAUGAAUCAGAAGAUAUGAAACUAGACGAAUUUGAACUAGAGCUUGAUAAUAUUGAUACAGAGCUAGUCAAAAUCCUUCUCGAUGUACUUGAAAACUUUGAUAUGUUCAGACUCUGUAUGAUUGUCUGCAAUAGAUACCAUGUCACAGAACAUUUGACCAGAUAUCUCACCUCUGUUUGCUACAAAUAUUCAAACCUAAAACUGAUUGAUUAUAAAGGGAUAUUGAAUGUUAACAAUCCAGACUUCAGAAAGAGACAGCAGCAAGUAUCAAUUCUUGCAAAUGAAGCUUUCCACAAUAUGCUAUCCUUAGUUUCUCCUAACUUGAUUGAGCAAGUCAAGACGGAAGAUGUUCCUCAAGAGGUUGUCCAUGAAAAGCAAAGAUGCUGGAGAAUGCUCUUCUUCCUUGGAUUCUGGAAGAAACUUAUUUACAUCCUAGACUCGAUGGCUUCCUUACAGUUGUGUUAUUCAAUCAAGCAAUUCAGAGACUUCAAGAUUAUUUAUCUCCUCUACUAUAGAGAGCAACUAUCUGAUGAAGUUGUUAGAGAACUCAUAGAGGAUAAAACUGGCAAGUGGAUCGACCCAGAACUCGAAAAAGAAAGCCCACUUGGAGUCCUUUGUUAUAAAAUUAAGCUUGAAGAAAUCGUUGAAGAUUUACUCACCCCAGACGAGGAGGCUGAUUUUAGUCUUAACAUCAAACUUAAUUCAUGGAUGAGAUUGUUAGAAAAAGUUGAUCUCAUAAAUUUGAAUAAACUCGACAACCAAGAAGUGAUACUCUCUCUUUUAGAUGAAUUAUUAGCACUUGGGCACAACAAAUUAUUCAAAGUAACCUACUCCAGAGCUUCCUGAAGCAAAUUAGAGCUUUUUGACAUCUUUUUGUUCUACAGCAGAUUGCUGUUAGACAACGCAGUAAAUUAUAAAAUCAAAAAGGUAUUACAAAACUCAGAUGAUCAUGAUUUCUCAUAUGGAACCAGUUUUAAAAUAAUUUCAAACCUUCUCAUUGAUCUAAAUGUCGUCUGUUCUUUCUUAUCGAUUCCUUCUCUACAUUCGAAGACAUUCAGUGGGGAAGACCUACACUUAGCUCAACAGGCCCUUCUGCUAGGUGGAAAGGUGAGAAUCUCAGAAAAGUCAAGCUUGUUCUUAAACAUUCUUCCAUUCUGUCUCCUCCACAGGAGCUCAUUCUUUGCUAAGAAGCACUUGGAAGUGUACCUUUUCCAACUUGACAGUGACAGAUACAACAGAGAGAUCCUGUAUAGCUACGAGAAGGAAUCUAAAGUACAAAUUUCAAAUCAACUUCUCUCCCAAGCUGUGGCAUCUCAUGUAGCAAAUUAUGAUAAGUCCAAAGCUGGAGGAGACUAUGAUUAUAAAUCAUGCUCCAUUGCUGAUCUUGAGGCUGAAUACAUCAGGCUUCCAACCUCAGAAUGAGUAAACUGGGUUAAAAAGAUAGUAUCUUCAUUUGUCCAUUCAAUCACUUCUGCAAAAUACAACAGUAUUGCUGUUUCUUGGAUGAACCAUGAUUCUAUUCAUACACGUGCUAAUCUGAGCGAUGUCAUCUAUGAGAGAUAUUUACUCCUAAAGAAACUUGGAGCAGGAAUCAGUUUAACCUCUGAUCCAACUCAGAUGUUUUACCAUAAAGAUCUCACAGAUUUAGAAGAGCAAUCCAAGAAUUUUCAGCUUGCUAAAAAGAUUUAUUUUAUCAGAAUUAAUUGACAAAUCAACGCGAAAAAUGCUCAAGUCUUGAAUUCUCUACAAAAUAACACUUUCUUAACUGAAAAUAGCAGAAAAAGGAACUUACAAUUACUACAAAAUAGUUUCAUAUAUAGUCAAAGCUCUGAGAAAGUUAUGUUUGGCAGGAUAGAUUUCAAUCCUUCUGAGUUCAAUUAUAUUUUGGAUACCUCAUCUAAGCAUUUGAAUGAAUCACUCUUUCAAAUCCUUGAGGGAGGAGAAGAUAGUUGGUACGUCCUACACAACAGUAUACGUGACCUUGCUACUAUUGGAAAGACUGAAAUUGCUGAAGAAAUUAUUCUCCAGAGGUGUCAAAAUUCAAGUCACGAUUUCUCUAAAGUCAAGGACUCGCAUUUGGAGUUAAUCAGAGCUAUAGAACAAUAUGACUAUGGACUUUGGGCAGGUUCUUCACAGUCAUUGUAUAAAUAUGCUCUUGCUUAUAGCAAUAAUAUUGAAACUUAUAAGCCAGAAGAAUUGUUUGUGACCAUCCAGAGAUCGUUCUACCUGCUAAUUACUACAUUCUGAAAGGAGCUUUACAUCCCUGUAAAUGCAGUUAACUAUAUCUCAUGAGAUGUUGAAUAUCCUGAUCAAGAAUCAGACCCCUAUUACCAGAUUAUGUACUUGGCAUUGGAUAUCAACACCCAAGAUAUAACAGAAGCCCAAUUCACCCAAAAUCUGACUCAGAUCCUAAAACUCAUCAACAAGUACUACGAUCUGCUUGCUGAAUCCUUUUCUCCCUUCCUCAAGACCUCAAUUCUCUGCAUUUUCAAUAUGAUUGCCACUAUUGCUGCCAAUCUCAACUCCAUCAAUCCAGCUGUGAGCACCCAAAUUGAGAUAUUUUAUGAGAAGUUGCAGGAAACUGACUACAUCGACACAGAUAAUUUUGAUAAGUUCGCAGAGUACUAUGGAACCAGAGAUGCACUAGUCCAUUUUAGAGCAGAGUUCCUCCCACUAGAUGAUCACGAAAAGAACGAAGCCUUGUAUUAUCACCCAGAAUAUGAGCAUAAUAAUCAAUACUUGGUCUAUUUGACCCUUAAGCAGAAAGAUCAAGACUCUCAACAAGUUAUUCUUAAGGAGUAUCAAAAGUACCAGGAUGAGAAGAUAGUCAAGAUUAUGGCUCAUAAGAGAAUCGCCAAGAGGAUUCAAAGAAUAGCUGCCAACUUUAUACCUGCCAGGAAGAAUUUCAAUGAGUUCAAGUCAUACUUUAAUUUGACUCCUUCAAUGGUAAACUGGAGUCUGAAUUCUAAAAAUGUUAAGACUCUGUUUAAGAUUCUUACAAAUAAGGGUGCUCACCUGAGGGAAAUCUUGAAGACAACAGAGACAACUAUGAACUUGCUCUACAAUAUAUUCAACAGUAACUAUGCAAUCAAUAAUUCCUUUGACACCCACUUCGUCAGUGGUCAUCUGACAAGCAUUAAUGAUCUUUUGGAGUCAACUCUAGAGCAAAUUGACUCAAGAAUUUCUGAGUCUGAGGAAUCCAAAAACGAUGAAUCAUUCAACCCAUUUGUAGAAGUAUCUGCAACCAAUGAGAAAACUGGAUUGGUAGAUCUUGGAACAGAAGAGUUAGUAGACUCUCUCAAUGAAAUCAUGGCUCCUCUUUCAGAGCUCACUCAGUCUGUCUAUUCAGACCUUCAGGACUGGUUGACCAAGAAGCAUUCAAGACCUGUCUUUAUCCUCAAUCUUGAAGCCCAGCAACAAAAUCUUAAGCAGAAGCUUAAGUGGGAGCAGAAGUAUAACUCCAGAGAGAAAUUGCACAAAUUGAAGAAAAUUCUGAAACAAGCCAGACAUAGAAGAUAAACAU